UCUCUCUCUGUCUUCAUGUGAUUUGCUUUUGCUGAUGCCGAUAGGAUUUACAUUGAUUUAGAACCCCUAUCCUCUCUCUCUCUCUCUCUCUCUCUCUUCUCUCUGACUUGGGUUGGGGAAGAGGGGCCUCAUCAAUUUACAACCACCAGAGUCACUCAAAAAAAAUCGAGGCCUGAGCUCACCACAGACCACCAGCAGCAGUAUGAAGGUGAGCCAGCGCAAUCACGGAGGAGCUCUCGCCGUGCUGAUUCUUCCACUUUUAUUCCCUGCUCUUUUCGCUCCAUUUAGCUACGCCUCUACUUCCCUUUUCUCGGAAUGGAAUGCUCCAAAACCCAGACACUCACGUCUACUUAAGAGUGCUUUACAGCGUGAAAAUUCAAAUGAGCAGCAGUCUGAUCUCUGGACUCCUUUGGCUAACCAAGGAUGGACACCGUGUGUGGAUUCCACUAAUGGCCCUCCCCUACCAAAUGAAUCUCAAGGAUAUCUCCAAGUGUUUCUUGAUGGAGGGUUGAACCAGCAGCGAAUGGGGAUCUGUGAUGCUGUUGCUGUUGCUAAGAUUCUGAAUGCAACUCUGGUCAUACCACAUCUUGAAGUGAAUCCUGUCUGGAAAGACUCAAGCUCAUUCAUGGAUAUCUUUGAUGUGGACCACUUUAUUGAUGUGUUGAAGGAUGAUAUUUCUAUAGUUAAAGAGCUGCCUGAUGAUUUCGCUUGGAGCACAAGGGAGUAUUAUGCAACAGCAAUUCGUGCUACCAGAAUUAAAACUGCACCAGUUCAUGCUUCGGCUAACUGGUAUCUAGAGAAUGUCUUGCCCGUUUUAGAGAGUUAUGGGAUAGCUGCAAUUGCACCAUUUUCUCACCGCCUAGCAUUUGAUCACUUACCAACAUAUAUCCAACUCCUACGUUGUAAAGUCAACUUUAAAGCAUUAAUCUUCGUUCCUCAUAUUAGAGCUCUUGGAGAUGCUCUUGUUAGUCGCCUUCGUAAUCCAGCUGACCAAAAUGAAGUACUUGGUGCUAAUGACCUAAAAGCGGUCACUGAUGCAAAAAACAAACAAGGACCAAGGAAGUUUGUUGUCCUACACCUUCGGUUUGACAAGGAUAUGGCUGCCCAUUCAGCCUGUGAUUUUGGCGGGGGUAAAGCUGAAAAGCUGGCUCUGGCUAAGUACAGGCAAGUGAUUUGGCAGGGAAGGGUCCUUAACUCUCAAUUCACUGAUGAGGAGCUGAGGAAUCAGGGGCGCUGUCCUUUGACUCCUGAAGAAAUUGGAUUGCUGCUAGCAGCUUUGGGCUUUGACAACAAUACUCGUUUAUAUCUUGCCUCCCACAAGGUAUAUGGUGGAGAAGCUAGAAUCUCAACCUUGAGAAAUUUGUUUCCACUAAUGGAAGAAAAAAAGAGCCUUGCCUCUUCAGAGGAAAGGGCCCAGAUUAAGGGAAAGGCUUCUUUAUUAGCUGCAGUUGAUUAUUAUGUCAGCAUGCACAGUGACAUCUUCAUUUCUGCCUCUCCGGGAAAUAUGCACAAUGCAAUGGUGGGACACCGAACUUUUGAGAAUUUGAAGACACUUCGGCCGAACAUGGCAUUGUUGGGCCAGCUAUUCCUGAAUAAGAGCAUGAGUUGGUCAGAAUUUCAACAAGCAGUGGAGGAAGGUCACAAAAACAGAGAAGGGCAGAUCAGGGUUAGGAAGCCCAAACAGUCUAUAUAUACAUACCCAGCUCCCGAUUGCAUGUGCCAUGCUUGAGUUGAAAUCAUCCUGAAAAAUGUGAUCGUGUGCCUUAUUAUCUUACGAUGUUCCACUGCAACUAUUGUUUGUGUUGUGAUACCUGAAUAAGAUACAACUCCAUUGUCCCCCAUCUGUAGAACGCGUUGAAAAUGUGCAUUACCAUGUGGAGAGUUCACUGAGGAUGGGAGACUGGGAGUUACGUAGAAUAUGGGAUUGUUCAUGUGUUAUGGAUCUGCUACAUGAUUUAUAAAUAGCAUUUCUAAACAAGCAUGCAAUGUAAUAUAUCAUUUUCUCAGUUUACCAAAGCUGGAUAUACAAUGUGCUGGCUCUAGUUUUAUUUUAUUUGAACCAUUCACCUUUUGCUCUA